AUGUCCCGUUCCCAAAGCCGCUCGGCCUCCUCAGAAGAUGACUACGAGGAUGACGCGGCCAUGCCUGAAGCGCAGUGGCAGUCGCAACAGCAAAGCUCCGCGAAUGCAACUACAAGCAGCGUGCCUUCUUCAACUCAGCCCUCCCAAAUCUCAUUGCCAAUGCAGAAGCGUAGGCGCGUGACGAGGGCCUGCGAUGAGUGCAGAAGGAAGAAAAUCAAGUGCGAUGGCAAGCAACCAUGUACACACUGCACCGUGUAUAGUUACGAUUGCACCUAUGACCAACCAUCGAAUCGAAGACGCAAUCCAGCCCCUCAGUAUGUCGAAGCACUGGAAAAUAGGCUCCAGCGCGCCGAAGCUCUCCUGAGAAACGUCCUUCCCAAUGUUGAUCUCGACGACCCUAAUGCUGACCUUGGUGUCACUCAACGCAUGCACCUUGCCCCCAACCAAGGGCUCCAGCCUCAUCCUGGCCAAGCGAGACCUUGGGUACCUCUGGGGGUAUCCCAGCAAGGGAAUGAGGGAGAGAAAGAUUCGGUGCUUGAGUCGAUGGUGACCAAUACUGGCUCCCUGGACUUGGACGAUCAAGGUAAUUGGGACUUCUAUGGUCACUCUUCAGGCCGUGUUUUCUUGAGAAAGAUGCGCGAGCAGUUCGGCGACUUGAUGGGGCAAACGACCGAUGGGCAACAUGCAAUGCCAUUCCUGAGGUUCAAAAGUACUUCACAGCCAUUCGAAUCUCCAAAAUCUUCAGCAGACCGUUCUCAAGACCCAAAUCUACCAAAUACACGUGAUCUUUGCGCCAAGAACUGUGCCUUGAUGCUGACCUCAAACGCGCUGGAUGACGCCUGUGCAAUAUUGCGACUUGUGCAUCGGCCAACAUUUGACGCUAUGCUUCAUCGAAUAUAUGAUACACCACCGGAAAAAUUUGGAGAUGAAGAAAAGAAUUUCCUGCCACAAUUGUACGCAGUACUCGCUCUGGGUACCUUGUUUGCGAGAGCGGAGCAAAGCGAAUUACAAAAGUCCGGCUAUGACAAUGCUUUUGAGCAAGGCUUCAACUGGUUCAGGAUAGCCCGGUCGAUGGUCGACGGGACUGACUGUCGAGAUUUGACAUCAUUGCAAACAAUGCUCUUCAUCGUCUUGUUCCUCCAGUCUUCUGUACGCCUCAGUACAUGCUAUUCGUACAUAGGCAUAGUUCUCAGAUCGGCAAUACGCAUGGGCCUGCAUCGCUCUGUUUCCAACACUUUCAAUCCCAUCGAAACGGAGCUUCGGAAACGUAUAUGGUGGAUCGUCCGGAAGUUGGACACAUAUGUCGGAGCACUACUGGGUCUGCCGCAAAUGUUAAGUAACGAUGACAUCGACCAGGGAAUGCCUGAGGAAAUAGACGAUGAAUACAUUACUAAGGAAGGAAUACUACCAAUGCCGCCCGGGCGAUUGUCGGUCAACGUGGCAUUGAAUGCUCAUACCAGACUGGUUAAUAUCCUAGCCAAAACCGUGAAAUACGUUUAUCCUAUUAAGGGAACGACGCAUGUGCAUGGGAAAGGCAGUCAUUCGUACGUGGUGAGUCAUGCAAAAAUUCGUGAAAUUGAAGCAGAUCUGCAAAAAUGGAUGAACAAUCUGCCGGAGGAAUUCAAACCUGGCGACGGGGCUUCGCCAGAAUUCAUGAGGAUACGGCAUCUGCUACGAAUGGCCUAUGCACACUGCGAGAUGUUCCUUUAUCGUCCUUUUCUCCAUUACGUUUCUCAAACUCUCCAGGCCAAGAACAUCGACAAGCGUUCUUAUGCCUGCGCUGCAGCCUGUGUCAGUGUCUCUCGAAACAUUGUUCACUUGACGACUGAGAUGAAGAAGCAAGGACUAUUAGUCGGCUCGUAUUGGUUCUACAUGUACACAACGUUCUUCUCCAUCAUCUCCUUGGUAUUCUUCGUGCUCGAGAACCCACGAAGCCAAAUGAGUGAAAGCAUUUUAAAAGAUGCAUAUGAGGGAAAGGAUACUCUUGCUGGACUGGCAGCAAAAAGUCAUGCCGCCGAUAGGUGCUCAAAGGUCUUAGCGGAUAUGUUUGAACAACUUCCUGGAAAGCUCCAAGGAGCGCUCGAUUCUGCCCCACAACCACAGAAGAAGAGGUCAGCACCCUCGCAGCUACCUGUGUCACAAAUGCCACAACGAGCGCCAGAAAUCAAUUCGAGAAGCCAGAACGUAAAUAACUCUGCGCGUCGGUCAAACAUAUCCCCCAAUCAACAGGGAUCGUUGAAACGUUCAUCAAUCGCACAGGACUCUUCGCCACUGCGCGAUCAGAUGACCAACCUUGAUCCAAUCUAUCGAAGGGGUUCGCAGGAUCCUUACAGCGCCUCAAACAACAGCCCAAGCAGCUCUAUACCCUCAAGCGCGGCUUCAUCUGGUAUGCAGAACAACUAUGUGCCUGAUCUCUCUUCCAUGAUGUUUCCUUCAUCCGACCCUUUCGCUUACCCCAAUCAACCUAUGACCACGCUCGAAAAUCGGCAGUCAAUUAAACAAGAGAACCCAGUAGACCGCGGCAUGUUCAGCCCACCGACUACCUCAGGCGCCCCUUAUGACAACCUAGACUACGGUUCGCUGCCAUACAUGAUGCAAAGCCAGCAGCUUGGCUUCGGAAUGCAGAGCAUGAACCCUUCAAUGGACAUGAGUAACAUAGACUCCACACCGACUACGAUGCCUAUGCAAGGAAAUGAAGGCGGUGGAUGGCCACAAAAGCAGCAGCAGCAAAGACCGGGUGGCACACCUGGCGUGAAUAUCGACCAAUUGUUCGGCGAGGACUGGGGCGGAUGGAUGAAUCAAGGAUACAGGCAGUACCCAUAA